UUUAGUAGUUUUCGGGUUAGUGCUAGUGGCUCUAUUUGCUGUUACAAUGGCAGAAGACACCCCAGAUGAAAAUGAGAAAUUUGAAGUAAAGAUGUCAAAAGUGUCUUUGGAUGAAGUAGAGCCAGCACCACGUGUAGUAUGCCAACUUGGAGGAAAUAGAUUAUGCAAUGCUCGGUGCAUAUCUCUAGGAAAAAGAGGAGGCGCGUGCAAAAAAGGAACUUGCUACUGCAGAAAGUAAAGAAAACUACCAUAAAUUAUCAUUUAGCACAAAAUGAAUAACAAGUUAACUAUUUAUAACUUAUCCAUUUGUAUAUUAGCUUAGAUAAUCAGAAUACAAUAUCUAUGA